AUGGCUCCUUCUCCUGUUUCUGAGGCCCCCCAGGGCAUCGACCUGUACUCUCGCUUUGCCCUUGCUGGUGCUGUCGGCUGCUCCGUGACUCACGGUGCUUUCACACCGGUGGACGUGGUCAAGACUAAGAUUCAGCUGGACCCGGCUACCUACAACCGCGGUACCAUCGCUGCUUUCCGCCAGGUCGUCCAGAAUGAGGGUGCUGGUGCUCUCCUGACCGGUCUGGGUCCUACUGUCACCGGUUAUUUCAUCCAGGGUGGCUUCAAGUUCGGAGGUUACGAGUUCUUCAAGAAGAAGUCCAUCGAUAUCCUGGGUAUCGACACAGCCCGCAAGAACCGUGGCCUCGUCUACUCCGUCUCCGCUGCCAGCGCCGAGUUCUUCGCCUCCGUGGCCCUCUGCCCUCUUGAGGCUACCCGUAUCCGUCUCGUUUCCACACCCGGCUUUGCCAGCGGUUUGGUAGGCGGCUUCACCAAGAUCCUCAAGAGCGAGGGUGUUGGUGCUUUCUACUCUGGAUUCGGCCCCAUCCUCUUCAAGCAGGUCCCCUACACUGUCACCAAGUUCGUGGCUUUCGAGAAGAUCUCUGAGGCUUUCUUCCGCCAGCUCGGCAAGGACAACCUCUCCUCUGGUGCCCAGACCGCCGUGAACCUGGGAUCUGGUCUCCUGGCUGGUUUCGCCGCCGCCAUCAUCUCCCAGCCUGCUGACACCAUGCUGUCCAAGAUCAACAAGACCAAGGGUCUCCCUGGUGAGAGCACCGCCUCUCGCCUGGUUAAGAUCGCUGGGGAGCUCGGCGUCCGCGGUUCAUUCGCUGGUCUGCCCACUCGUCUGGUCAUGGUUGGUGGACUUACUGCUGGUCAAUUCGCCAUCUACGGUGACAUCAAGAAGGCUCUCGGUGCCACCAACGGUGUUGAGAUCGCCAAAUAA